CCCUGCUCUAAAAAAGCUCAAAUUCCCAUUCUGAAACGUUUUUUGGUCGUGCUUUUCCUUCAUGCUGACUUACCUUUUCAGAAAAUGCCCCCGUUUCCGUUGGAGAAUGGAAAUUGGCAAGGAGAGAGGGAAAAGGUCCAAUUUGCGCCCUUGCUAUUUUAGGGGAGGUUGAAAUUACAGGCCAAAGUGUACUGAUGUGCUCACUGGAGUGACCUCCGUCCCCCAAGACAGGAGAAAACCCAGGUCCUCUGCUUGUUAAGUGGUUUGAGCUCUUAGGCGUGAGGCAUUAUUACAUAAAUUCAAGCUCGCUCCAGAUCCUAAGUACCCUGAGUUGCCUGAAGGGGGUAAUGGCACUGCCUGCGUGUGCAGCCCGGGCGCUCGGGCCGCCGUUGCAACCGGAGCGAGAAGCGCCCGCCCGCACCACCUGUCCCCGCCGGCAUUCCAGAGUAGAGGCCGAAUUGGCAGCAAGCCGGCCCGGAUCAGUCGCCGCCUCAGUCCGCGCGGGCCCUCCUAGGGGUGUGUCUCGCGGAUUCAACUCCCAGCCGCUCCUGGACGAGCCCCUAAAGGCUUCUUCCUCUCUGGCGGGAGCCGCGCGCGCCCCUCUCUUCGCGCUGCUGGCCCGAGGCCGCCGCAGGCGGAUGCACGACCUCAGGAGACGCUGGGACCUGGGCUCCCUCUGCCGGGCCCUGCUCACCCGGGGCCUGGCCGCCCUGGGCCACUCGCUGAAGCACGUGCUCGGCGCGAUCUUCUCCAAGAUUUUCGGUCCCUUGGCCAGCGUCGGGAACAUGGAUGAGAAAUCCAACAAGCUGCUGCUGGCUUUGGUGAUGCUCUUCCUAUUUGCCGUGAUCGUCCUCCAAUACGUGUGCCCCGGCACAGAAUGCCAACUCCUCCGCCUGCAGGCGUUCAGCUCCCCGAUGCCGGACCCGUACCGCUCGGAGGAUGAGAGCUCCGCCAGGUUCGUGCCUUACAAUUUCAGCCGCGGCGACCUCCUGCGCAAGGUAGACUUCGACAUCAAGGGCGAUGACCUGAUCGUGUUCCUGCACAUCCAGAAGACUGGAGGCACCACUUUCGGCCGCCACCUGGUGCGCAAUAUCCAGCUGGAGCAACCGUGCGAAUGCCGCGUGGGUCAGAAGAAAUGCACUUGCCACCGGCCGGGUAAGCGGGAGACCUGGCUCUUCUCCAGGUUCUCCACGGGUUGGAGCUGCGGACUGCACGCCGACUGGACCGAGCUCACCAGCUGCGUGCCCGCCGUGGUGGACGGCAAGCGCGACGCCAGGCUGAGACCUUCCAGAGAGAGCUCGUGGUACCCAGCUUGCGCCCCGCACUACUGGCUGCACGCCGGGCAUCAGCGGCGCUUUACGAGUGCGAGGGGCACCCCGCGGGUCGAAGGGCAGGUGGAACGCUGCCCCGGAUCCCAUGUGGGGCUCAGUCUUGAGAAACCUCUUCUGAUUUACAAACUCUGA